UAUGAAUCUUUUAUAUAUAUAUUAGCAAAUCAAAUUAAGAAAUGAAAAAAAGGUUAAGAAAUUCGAAAAUGGGAUGUGAUAAAAAGAUGACUUUUUGGAGAAUGUAGAAAAACUAGAAAAGGACAAGAAAUCUAAUGAUUAGUAGAUUAUUUUGAC